AUGAAGCCGAGCAGCCUCUCCCUGCUCUCGGUGGCCGCCCUCCUUUGGCUCCGCGUGGCGCAGGCCAACAUGAAGGAAGUUCAGCAGAAAUCUGGGUACUGCCCCGAGUUCUUUCUCUCCUGCUCCUUCACGCUGCUUCCCCGGUGCCGGCGGGACGGAGGCUGCCACGGACCCAAGAAGUGCUGCUUCUACCAGUGCCAGCAGCAGUGCAUGCAGCCCUGGCCCACGCUGGACUGA